AUGGUAAUUCGUGCUUUUUUUGACGUGACGUUAAUUCGGACAGAACUCCGUAAAGACGCAGAUGAUAAUCCACGCGUUGUGAGAAACAAUAUUACAUCAGGUGAAGACACACGUCUUAACUUCACCUCUCAUCUACACCAAGCUUUGAAGGGGAAGGGAUUUGGUGUCUUCUUCGAUGAAGAAUUGCAAAGAGGGGAGCGUAUUUCACCAGCACUUUCUCGAGCAAUUGAAGCAUCGAGACUCUCCAUCAUCGUUUUGUCUAAAGACUAUGCUUCUUCAAAAUCAUGCUUGGCUGAACUCUCCGAAAUCAUGGACCGCAAGGAAACUCAUGGUCAAAUUGUCCUUCCCAUCUUUUAUCAUGUUGAUCCCUCUGACGUUCGGAAUUUUGGUGGCAGUUUCAAAGCAUCCUUUGUUGUCCAUGAAUCAGAUAGGCCUCGUGAAGUGGAGCGAUGGAAAGCUGCCUUUGCUGAAGCCGGUAAUUUAAAAGGGUGGCAUAUAAAAAGGGGAAAAUCUGACAGGUAA